AUGUCCGCAAAGACACAGGCGAAGCCGACUGGGAAGAACCGCUCGCCAAUGGCAAAGACUCCUGUGAUCGGCCGCCAAUCUGCCUCCAAGACCCCGUUUGCGAAGAAGACCGGCGGCAACCAGAGUAUCCUGAACUUUUUCGAAAAGGCGAACACACGCGAGGAGGCCCAGGCCCUUGCAAGCGCAGCAGCCCCGCUGUUCUUCAAGGAUGCGCAGCAAAGUGGUAUGGCCCCGGCACCAGCUGCGGAGGACACGAAGUUCAAUGAAGAUGCAACACCGGUCAAGAGGAGGCGGGUUGAUAAGGACGAGGAUUUUGAACCGUCAUUUGGGACACCCCCACCUGAACACCAGAAAAGUGCCACCGACGAUACUAGCGACCAACAUCCACGUGCCGCGGUUACAGAGCAGGUAGAGCGACCCAAGAAAUACAAAGCUGGCUUCCUGGACGACUCGAGUGAUGAGGAAGAUAACGACUGGACUGCAGCUAUCAGUGGUGCAGCUACCAGGGACACCAGUGAAUUGAAUCAUGUACGGGGUCUGGGAACUGAAGAGUCGCUGGACACCAUUGACCCCGACACACGGCGGAGUCUUACGAGAAUUGCCGCCAAACAGUCCAGCUCGCGGUCUAGAGCUGGAAGAGUCGAAUCUACGGCCGAAGUUAUCCUUGGAGAUAUAGGAGUCAUUGAAGCAGGUGUUCCAGCCUGGGACCGUGAGGCCACGUCUACGGCCGAAAUUAGCCCUGGACAUAUAGGAAUCAUUACAGGAGAUGUCCCGCCACUAAAGCGUGAGGCCACAAGUGUUUUCGAGCCUGGCGAGUUCGGUGACGAAGACUUUGCAAAUGACGAGUUCUUCGAGGGUGGAGAGGAGUUUAUGGAGCGCCGAUGGAUGGAAGAGCAACGAGACAUGGGCAUGGAAUUCGAGGACGAAGAUUCGAAAUCAGAGGCUGACAGUGUAUGGACACCACGGAGCUAUGCCGAAGAUGAGCCCCUGGGCGAUCCGAAUGAAGACUACCCUCCCCUCACAGUAUGUCCCAUAUGUAUCGGAAGCACUACAGGACUGUCUGAGGCACAGAUUACGAGCCAUGUCAACGCUUGUCUCGACAACAAGGCCAUCCCACUGCCAAUGAAACCUGAACUGGAUACCACAAAACUGAAACCAAAGCCAGUCAAGCCAAAAGCCUCAGACGCCGCUUCGUCAACUGCUUCUCUCAAGCGAUUCCAGCGCGCAGCUAUUGCACGCCCGGCCCAGCCCAACCCCUUUGCCUCGGACAAAGACUCGAAAGCAGGCUCAGCGUUUACUCGACUCAUGUCUGGGCACGCAGAAGACGCCGCCUGGGCUGAAGCCGCAGAGAACGAAAACCAAUCUCGUGGAAAACCGGCAUAUCAGCGAACAUGCCCCUUCUAUAAGAUCAUGCCGGGCUUCUACAUCUGCGUGGACGCCUUCCGCUAUGGUAAGGUCGAAGGCCAGAACGCUUACUUUCUCAGCCACUUCCAUAGUGAUCACUACAUUGGACUCACAUCCUCCUGGUGCCAUGGCCCAAUCUACGCCAGCAAAGUCACAUGCAACCUCAUGCUGCAGCAGCUAAGAGUCGAUCCAAAAUGGGUUGUCCCGCUCGAGUUCGAGAAGAAGGUCGAAGUCCCCGGCACAAAGGGAGUUUUCGUGACGAUGAUCCCGGCGAAUCAUUGUCCUGGUUCAUCACUCUAUCUCUUCGAGAAGGUGACAGGCAAGAACAAAGAUGGGUCGCCCAAGCUGACUCGAAUACUUCAUUGUGGCGAUUUUCGAGCUUGUCCUGCGCAUGUCGCCCACCCGCUUUUGCGUCCCGACGUUGUCGAUGCCAUCACUGGUCAAACGAAGCAGCAAAUAAUUGACACUUGCUACCUAGACACGACUUAUCUGACGCCCAAAUAUGCGUUUCCCAGCCAGCAGGAUGUCAUUGAUGCUUGUGCUCAGAUGUGUGUUAGCCUAUCGAAAGAGAUUGUGGACUCGGGCGACAACUGGGAAAAGGUCAAAGCCGAGCGCGCCGGGAGCGUGAUGAAGAAGUUCUUAGAACAAGGCGAGAGCGAAGUCGUCGACUCGGGGCUCGAGCAGACAGAGAAGAAACCAAAACCGCGUGGCCGCCUUCUCGUGGUCAUCGGCACCUACUCGAUCGGCAAAGAACGAAUCUGCCUCGGAAUUGCCAAAGCGCUAGGCUCCAAAAUCUACGCGCCUCCAGCGAAGAUGCGUAUAUGCAAGUGUCUCGAAGACCCGGAACUCAACGCUCUGCUCACCGACAAUCCACUCGAAGCACAAGUACACAUGACACCGCUGAUGGAAAUCCGCGCCGAAACGUUGCACGACUAUUUGCUCGGCUACAACGGCCGUUUCGCCCGCGUCGUCGGUUUCAGGCCUACAGGUUGGUCCUACCGUCCUCCGACAUCUCGCUUCACCGAGAACCCGGCCGUCAGCACGGUUCUACACUCCGAGGGCUGGAAGACGCGCUAUUCGAUGCGUGACCUCGCUCCUCAGCGAGGAAGUACGCGAGAAUCGAAUUGCUUCGGAGUACCCUACUCUGAGCACAGUUCGUUCCGCGAGUUAACCAUGUUUUGCUGCGCUUUGAGGAUUAAUCGCAUUGUGCCCACUGUCAAUGUGGGGAGCGCGAGGAGUAGGGAGAAGAUGAAGGGAUGGAUUGAGAAGUGGGAGGUCGAGAAGAGGAAGAACGGCCUAUUCAAAAUCGAGGUUGGCGCAGAGGGAUGGGGCUCUGGAGAUGGGCAGUUGAGGUAUGGCGUGUGA